CACUGAUUAUUAAUCACACCAUCCUCUCCCAAUCUUUCUCUGCUCCUGAUGCAGUAUUUGAUGGCUGGUAGCUGGGUCUUUGUCACUGAGCUCCUCUGAUCACCACUCCCUAUUACACAAGCAGGACUCACAUUUAAAGGGCUGCAGUACAUGUGGGCGGGGUGCGGGGCAUUCUGGGAGAUCCAUGCUGGCUCUUCCUGGUUUCUCUGUCUGUAUGUAAGUGGGUGUAAGGUGAGUGAUAUGGCAUGUUACCGCACUGCCUGUCUCUCAAUCUGCAGUAAUGUUAAUGUUUGUGUAUGUGAGGUAGGAGCAAGGUAAGUGUGCAUGCAGGAAGGGUCCUCUAAUCAUUCUCCAAGUCUUCAUUUCCCUUUUAUAAAAUAACUGGCUUGUUAGGUAGCAAAGCAUCAUGGGAAAUGUGGUGCAGUAAGGAGUGGAGUGCCAGAGGUUAGCCAUCACUGCUGCAGGAUGGAUAAGGAAAUAUUCACUGUAAAAAAAGGUCACAGCUGUCAGGACAGAAUUCAGAUUAUACUCUCAUUGAAUUGAGCCACUUGUAGCAUACACAACAGGCAUCAGUCCCCUCAAAUUUAAUAUAAAUCCUAUUCGGGAAGCUACUGGUGGACAAAAUGCUGUUGCGUCGACCUGUGCACAAAUGCCUUUCAGCAGCGUUGAACUAAUCAAAUAGCAGUUAAUCUAUGGGGGAACGAAUGGAUUUGUUUGGGGUUACUUUAUGAAUCGAUUCGUUCCUCCAUAGGAUUAACAGGCAUUAGAUUUGUUAAAUGCUGUCGGAGGGGAUUUCUUCACAAGACUAUUGUUCCAGAGUUGUAUAUCAGGCCUGACCUCUCCAGUUAAAAACCCUUUUCCUUGUUUUCUCCGACAAAUUAUCUGCCCCAAGUUGCUGUGAAAUUCUACAGCAUGUAGAGACCGGUAACCCUAAGUGACCAUUUGCAAUGCUCAGUUCGCAGAGAGAUGUUCUGACUCUAACCCAAGCACAUCCUGGUCCAAGAAGCACUUUCAGUGAGGCCGUUAACAAAAUCUGUGUUCCAGUGAGCCAAAGCUGGACUUUGAACUUGAUUCUUCACUCCGAUUGCACUGUGCCCUUGACCAUCUUCAUUGGUAUCUUGCAAUGAACUCUAGCCAAGCUGCUUUUGGUCUCACUCACUUUUUGAAGUUGUUGCUUAUUAUAAUAUAAUAAUGUAAUGCUGAUUUAGUGUUUCUUUUUUUGCAGACCUUAUGCAUGAACUUUAUAUCAGUAUUUUCUGGCGGGUUCCUGAGUAGCAAUGGAGGUUCUUGAUUCUUCCUGUCAAGGCAAAUUGCUAUCCUGGCACUGUCCUGAUGGAAGCUUCACCAAGACUGUUCUAGAGCAAGGAUCUGGAGUGGACAAACCCAAAGAAUGUUCCCGGUGCAUGAUAUUUCUGGAUUCAGUUUCCUCCCCUCCAGAGCAGUUAGGUUCCCCUUUAAGUCUGGGGUAUCCUGCAGGGUCCUGGUUUCAGGUUGAAUUAGGGGAAGGGGAUACAUUUCAAGAUCGUCUUGUUGACCAGUGCCUUGAAACCAUGCUCUCUGGAGAGGCUUGCCAAGUGAACAGCACAUCGGGUUUUAGCUUCCACUUGCGGAUGGCAAAUUUUGAAAAUGGAAAAGAGACUUGGGAGCUGGAAACUGAUGAGAAACUCAGGAGGGCAAUGAGAGACAGGGAAAGAGGGGGGGUGGCAUACAGGGAGGGGAACAUAGAAGGGGCAGAGAGGCGAUAUUCCAGGGCACUUCGACUUUUAGUGUGUACACCUGGAGAGGCAGAAAAUGACAAGGUAACUCUUCUAGUCAACAUGGCUGCUUGUGACCUCAAGAGGGGACGGCUGUGUGAAGCUGAGAAGAGAUGUACGUGGGCACUGGAGAAGGAGCCAGGACAUGUCAAGGCACUGUACCGAAGAGGGAUGGCUAGAGCUGGCAUGGCAGACUGGAAAGGGGCAAGAGGGGAUUUUGAGGCGGUGUUAAAGCUGGAGCCGGGGAACAAGGAGGCACGGAGGGAGCUGGUGAGGGUACGGGAAAGGGACAAGCAAGAACAAGGGCAGAUAAGCAAAGCUUUAGGGAAGAUGUUCCUUUAAAAACAAUAUUCCUGUUCCUCCAGCUCUUGCCUUUGCUUGAGGGUGAUCUAGUUAACUGAUUCCCCGAUCUGUGUGACAUUAAUUCAUUUGUUUAUUGUCAUGAAUGUGACAUUGUACAGUUUAUUGUAACAUUUGUCAAUAAAUAUUGUAAUUCCUGUGAAAUCUCUAUAGAAAGCAUGGUAUAUGGCUAGUUAGCAAAUGGAAACAUAAUUUGACUUCCACAGUAAUAUUUACAUUGGUAUAGGUCAGGGGUAGGCAACUUCUGGCACUCCAAAUGUUAUGGACUACAUCUCCCUUCAUGCCCUUACAGCCAGAAUACUUGCAAAGCAUCAGGGGACAUGUAGUCCACAACAUCUGGAGUGCCGAAAGUGUCCUACCCCUGGUAUAGGUGGUUAUAACCCACAAACACAAGUCUGCUUUACUCCAACAGUGUAAUGUGUAGGUUUAGAGCUGGAUGUCAGUGAAAGCACUGAUUCUGGCUCUUGACUGUCACGUUAUUUAGUGCUUUUCUGGCCACGGUGAGGUGCAUUUUUCCUCUCAUGGUUCUGGUGGCUGCUUUGCCUCUAGAACUGAGACUGAAACACCUUAUGCAGCCUCUAUACUGUGCAGCAAAUUAGAUCACCCUGACCCACCCACAGCGGUCAAGCUCUAAUUAACCUGUAUUAACACCUACAGUGAAAUCUUCAAAAACGCAUUAGGAUAAUUUAUUAAGUGCUAAGUCUUUUGCUGUUUUUUUUUUUUUUUUUUAUCACCCUAGUAACCUUUCACAUCAACAUAGAUGCCUGUUUGUAUAAUCGUGAUAUUAUCUAUCCUAUACUUAGAACAUCUAUCUCUUCCAAUCUGGUAAGAAAACCCAUUCAAAUCUUAUCUUACUGCUUUGCCAUAGUAAGUAUGAGUCUGUAUCCAGAGAUACCUCCAGAGGCUAUUCACCUAAAUGAAUCAGCUAUGUUAACUCAUUGGAUGCGAGACCUUUCCUUAAUAUUGUAAAACUAACCACAGACUCUCUACAGCCAUGUUUAUGGUGCAAAUUAGGAGCACUCUGACAUGUAUAGACUGUGUGCUUCAUAUGAUGUCCCACCAGAAGAGUGGCUGACACACCAACUUGGAGACCAGAAUUCACAGUAACUAAAGUUAAC